CACUUUGAGUCAAUGGAGCGCUGCCAUGAGAGAGGCAAAGGCAGCUACGUCUCCGGGAGCACGUCCAGAACCCGAGUUAGGGCCGCCGCCUCAAAUUGCCUCCGUGCGCCACUCCACUCAAUCCCAAUUAUGAAUAGCCGUUAGAUUGAUACCACGUUGAGUUUGAAAUUAUUACACGUCAUCGGGGAAUCAAAUUGGAGAUGCUAUGUAUUGAUAAAUUUAUCAAAAAUUAAAGCAUGUGACGGAGAAUUAAAUCCACGUUUGCUUUUAGCGUUUUUUUGUUUGCCGGAGAAAGCAUAUUCCCGCGUGCUCUCUCUGCUCAGGGAAACCUGGAAACCCUAGCUCGGUCUGCAACGAUGAAUGCCAAUGGCGAAGCAGCGAAAGCAGUCCCUGAGCUUCUCUCUCCUCAGAACGCUAGGCUUCUUUUGGAUUCCACAGAGGCUUUUCUCUUCGAUUGCGAUGGGGUUAUUUGGAAGGGUGAUAAGCUCAUCGAUGGCGUUUCGGAGACAUUAGAUCUGCUCCGAUCCAAGGGGAAGAAGCUGGUGUUCGUGACCAACAAUUCCUCAAAGUCUAGACGGCAAUAUGCGGAAAAAUUCAAUUCAUUAGGAAUUGCAGUGAGCGAGGAUGAGAUAUUCUCGUCAUCUUUUGCUGCUGCUAUGUUCUUGAAGGUGAAUGAUUUUCCCCAAGAAAAAAAGGUUUAUGUGAUAGGUGGAGAAGGUAUAUUGGAAGAGCUGCAGCUUGCAGGUUUUACUGGCCUUGGUGGUCCAGAGGAUGGGAAAAAAACAGUAGAGCUGAAAUCAAAUUGCUUCUUUGAACAUGAUAAGAGUGUUGGAGCAGUCAUUGUUGGAAUAGACCCAUAUAUUAACUAUUACAAGCUUCAGUAUGGAACACUUUGCAUUCGUGAGAAUCCAGGAUGCCUUUUCAUUGCUACCAAUCUUGAUGCAGUGGGACAUAUGACUGAUUUACAAGAGUGGCCUGGCGCAGGAUGUAUGGUUGGUGCCAUAUCCAGUUCAACUGAGAAGAAGCCUAUGGUGGUCGGAAAACCGUCAACCUUUAUGAUGGACUUUUUACUACAGAAAUACCAUAUCAAUACCUCCAAAAUGUGUAUGGUGGGUGAUAGAUUAGACACUGAUAUUUUAUUCGGACAGAAUGCUGGCUGCAAAACUCUCCUUGUUCUUUCUGGUGUAACGACACAAGCUAUUCUCCAAGAUCCAUCAAACAAGAUCCAACCAGAUUACUACACAAGCAAGUUGUCUGACUUCCUCCGAAUCUUAUGACCCAAGACCCAAUUAUUACCAGCUAUACAUUUUUUUUUUCAACCCAUUGUGUGCGCAAGGUUGCAAUUGGAAUCUGUGUGACUAAAACUUGCAUUAGUUCACCCAAUUGUCAUUUAAAAUAUUAUUACCUUAUUUGCCUUAUGGGCAUAUGUUAAUCACUGGAUAAUAACCCGAGAGAAACUCUGUUUUAUUGUAGUUAACUUCUACGCCAUUGCUGGAAUCAUAUCCUAACUUAAUGAAUAAAUUACAAUGACAUGAUUUUUGCCUUCUUC